UCUUUGGGUGAAGGAAGUAAAGAAAAACUCUCUAAAACCCUCGACUCGAUCCCCUCCCUCUCCUCCUCAUUUCGUCAAUCGCUCCUUCCUUGGCCAUUGUUGACAAAAGAUGAAAGCUUUUAGAUCCCUACGAGUUCUAAUCUCCACGACGUCCCCUCGCUCUAAACCCCAUUAUCUCCCUCACACCUUCCUCCGCAGGUUCUACUCGGCGCAGCCGAACCUAGACGAUCCCACCGGAGACUCUGUUUUCGACAGCAGCCAAUACUCAGUCCCUGAUCCUUUGAAAAAGCCAAAGCAACCUAAUUGGGAUAAAGGGUACAGAGAAAGGGUACAGAAGGAGCUGUUUCCGGAAGAGAAGGGUCAAUUGAAACAGAGCUCCGAUGAAGAAGAAGAAGAUAGUUCCGAAGAAGAGAGUGUUGAUCGGUCGAGGAUCCUAGCGAAGGCUCUCUUGGAGGCGGCGCUUGAGUCAGCUGAUGACGAGCUCGGCGAAGGCGAGGUUCGUGAAGAAGAUCAGAAGUCUCUUAAUGUCGGCAUCAUCGGUCCACCGAACGCCGGCAAAUCAUCCCUCACGAACUUCAUGGUGGGAACAAAGGUUGCAGCUGCUUCACGGAAGACCAACACGACUACUCAUGAAGUGUUGGGAGUAUUGACCAAAGGAGAUACACAAGUUUGUUUCUUUGAUACACCGGGUUUAAUGUUGAAGAAAAGCGGAUAUGGUUACAAAGACAUCAAGGCUCGUGUUCAAAAUGCUUGGACUUCUGUUGACCUUUUUGAUGUCCUCAUUGUUAUGUUUGAUGUCCACAGGCAUCUCACUUGUCCGGAUUCAAGAGUUGUACGCUUGAUCACAUACAUGGGAGAGGAAGCAAAUCCGAAACAAAAGCGCAUUUUAUGUAUGAACAAAGUUGAUUUGGUUGAGAAGAAGAAAGAUCUGUUAAAGGUUGCUGAGGAGUUCCAGAAUCUCCCUGCAUAUGAAAGGUACUUCAUGAUAUCAGGGCUCAAGGGAUCCGGAGUUAAGGAUCUUAGCCAGUAUUUAAUGGACCAGGCAGUAAAGAAGCCAUGGGAGGAAGAUCCAUUCACCAUGAGUGAAGAAGUCAUGAAGAACAUCUCUCUUGAAGUUGUUAGGGAGAGAUUACUAGACCAUGUUCAUCAGGAAGUACCGUAUGGUGUGGAGCACCGUCUAGUGGACUGGAGAGAGCAGCGAGACGGGUCUCUGAGGAUUGAACAGCAUCUCAUCACUCCUAAACUUAGCCAACGCAAGAUUCUCGUUGGCAAGGGAGGCGCUAAAAUCGGGAGGAUAGGAAUAGAGGCAAAUGAAGAACUUAGGAGAAUAAUGAACCGCAAAGUUCAUCUCAUUCUCAAAGUGUUGCUCAAGUGAAACCCUUCUCUGAAGACCUUUAGUUUUUUUUUUUUUUUUGAGUUUUGAUUGGUUUACAGAAUCGUUUGUACACGAUUUUGAUAUCUGUCUGUAUAUUUUGAUGUUUGUCAAAAGAUUUUAGAAAUAUAAUCUUAUACAAACAGACAGGAUUA